ACGUUUUAAACGUCAUUCCAGAGCCGUUUGGACGUUUUUGAACAACUGUGGAAUUGUUCAAGUGUUUGCUUUAUCUAUUUGUAGCGCAUUUUUAUACUAUACUACUGAAUUUGGCUAAAGUACAUUGUCAGCGUAGUCAGUUUAAAAGAAAACUGACACUUUUAUUAACAAAUUAACGUCGCAACAUUUGACGUCAGCGCUGCAUGAUGCGUGACAGCCAGGCGCCAAAACCAAAUACUUUUUAAAUCAGAAGUCCUUUUACGAUGCGAAACAAAUUAAAAAAGAGCGAGAAAUGUAAAGAUACUCCGUGUCCAAGCAGAGAGCUGCCGAAAACCGCCGAGGUGAUAACGUUAGAGUCAGAGUCGAGCUGCUCCAGUGAUGAAACAUCGCCACGAAGAGGUUCAAACCAUAAACUGUGUAAAAUAGGUUCAAACUCGCUGGAAGCAAAGGACACAUGUGUUGUUGUUGCUGGCAUCUCCACCAGAAAAACACUUCAGGAACAGAGGGAGAUUUUUGUCGCCAAGGACAUUAAAAUUGCACCGAUUUUCUUACAUAAAACACAGCACAGUAACAAGAGUAAACAUAGUAGUGAUGGGAAGCUGCAGGAGUCAGCAGCAGUGCUCCCUCAGACUGAAGAUGUGCAACUGGUGAAAAGUCAGCAGCGUCCAUCAACAGUGUCUCACCUGACUGAGAGACAGAGGUCCCGGAGAGGACAACUGUCACCCUCAUCUCUGCACAGAUGUCUGGAAGAAAUCCAAACAUCCAACCCUGCAUUUCCAGUCCGAACAGUGUUCAGCACUUUGCAGGAGAAAGCAAGUAAAAAGCUUCAAGGUUUUGGAUCAACAGCAAAAGAUGUAAGCUCCCUACAAAACCUUUUAACAGAGAAGAGGAAACGGGGAAGUGAAAGCUCUGAGCAUGUGCCCAAACGUCUGAGGUCCAGUCUCAUUGCUGAGGGUACUGUUCGUAUGGGUCACUGUGAUGUGUCAGCACAGGGUGUCCAGGAAAGUGCUGUCAUGACGAUCACGAUCCAGCGCAGAGGAAACAAGCUGAGUCGCACUCAUAGACUGAGGCAGCAGAGUGUGAGCCCAGCAGGUCUCAUGAGCCACUCUGAGACACACUGUGGAUCGAUAAAUCACACAGAAUCCUACAGCGAAUCACUCCAAACCUCUGACAUUCUGCGAAGAGAAACUUGUUUUGAGGAUACUCUCUGGACGGACAAAUACAGUCCUCAGCAUUCAAGUGAAGUAAUUGGCCACUCUGUUGCUGUGAAUAAACUGCAAAGUUGGUUGAAGAAGUGGAAACUCAGAGCUGACUGUGAUGAGAGGAGAAAACUGGAGGAGAAGAAACAUGAGGAAAACAGCAGUGACUCAUGGGACUGUGGAGACUUCCAGGGUGAGGCUGGGGGAGAAUACGGCAGAGAGGAGCCACUGUGCAACACCAUGCUGAUCACAGGACCUCCAGGUGUGGGCAAGACCGCCUCGGUGUAUGCCUGCGCCCAGGAGCUUGGCUUCAAGGUGUUUGAGGUGAACGCCUCCUCACAGCGCAGUGGGCGCCAUGUUCUGUCCCAGCUGAAGGAAGCUACCCAGUCCCAUCUAGUGGAGAUAUCGGGGAAGGACCUACUGAAACCAGCUUACUUUAACAACUACAACAUCAACAGCUCCACUCUUAAAUCUGAGACUCUAGCUGGAAAAACAAUGCGUCCCAGAAAUGUCACCUCUACCUCAAAAAAUAGAGCAGCACAGAAGUUUGGCCACUCCAGUCACAGAGGAAAAGCGAAUCCAACCACAGUUACUUUGGCCAACUACUUUAGGAUGAAGGCCAAAGCAGAUGACUUACGUUCUGGUGGUCCGUCGCCAUCUGAGAAACCAGACAUUGAAAAAUCAGGCAACCCAUCACCAGGCUCUGAUCAAACAGCGCCACAGGAUAAAAAGACGGCCACAUCACUCAUUCUGUUUGAAGAGGUUGAUGUCAUAUUUGAUGAUGAUGUUGGUUUCUACGCAGCCAUCAAGACUUUCAUGACGACCACUAAGAGACCAGUCAUUCUGACCACCAAUGACCCUUCAUUCAAAGAGAGGUUCAGCUGCAGCUUGGAGGAAAUCAUUUUCAAAACCCCAUCAGUGACGAACGUCUGCAGCUACCUGCAGCUGGUUGGUUUGGCUGAGAAUGCACGACUGGAGUUCAACGAUAUUAGCAACCUCCUCAGACUGUCCAGUGGUGAUGUCAGACGCUGCCUACUGCAGCUGCAGCUGUGGGUCCACAGUGGUGGAGGACGGGCAUUUCGGAGUGGAGGCUCGCCUACUCAUGUGCAGCACUCGAAUGUUACUGAAAGAGGAGACGAUGUAGCCUGCCAACUUCCUCAUUGUGUCCCAGACUGUGCUGCUAGCAUACUGGGCCUCCACCCAUUGACCAAAAACCAACUGCUAAACCUUCUAAAGUGUCAGUAUUGGUCUGAAAUAGAGAUGAACAAGCUCCUGAGGCUCCUCACUGACAGCUGGAGACGGGGCGUGCCUCUUCUGUACUCCAACCUGGAGCUUCUUCUCCCCGUCGGGACCAAGGGGACUCCUUCUGGGCUGCAGAGGGAGCCCUCUGACAACAAGCAUCACAUCCAGCAGCUGAAAGGAAAUGCCAGUUCACAGGUAUCAGCAACUGCCAGAAAAUCUGUCAGGAAUCUCUCCAGGCUUAGCAGAAGGAAACAUAAAGCAACAAUGUUUGACACCACACCAUCUUCCAGUACGCCACAAAAUCCUCAAAGAACAUCAUUAUUAUCAACAAAGACGGCUCAUUCAAGAGUCCCUAUUUUCAGAGACAAGGCAGAAGAAAAGGCUGCCAAAGCGGCAACCGACUGCUUGGAUGCAUUGGCCGACUUCUUUGACCUCAUGUCGUAUCUGGAUUCCACCAUGCCAGCAGAUGCAGCACCGCUUGUUUCAGGCUCUUGGCAACCUGAAGCAUUUGUGUGGACAGGAGCAGAGAUAAAGGAUGGUUUGCUGGACGAAACCAGUGAGGACGAGGAGGUGGGCAGGAUUUGGAGCAAGGAGAGUGUGUUGGAUAUUCAGGCUGCUGCCGAGGGCUUGGGGUUUCACAGUUGCUGUUGGCGAGUAUCUGAGGUGUGCACUGAAGCCGAAAAAUACAGACAGGGAAUGGGAGACACAAGGUGGGCGACACUGGUGGAGUUACCUGCCUCUUCCAAAACACAGAGCCUCAGCUUUAGUUUCCCAACUCUGUGUUCACCAAGCAUGUGCAAAAAGAGGUACGAGCUGAGCAGGAUGGUGCUUGGCAGUAAACCCUUCAGCCUGCUGGGGAACAGACGAGCUGUCAGUGUCGACUACAUGCCGAUCCUCCGCCACAUCUGUCGCCAUCAGAGAGCACAGGAAGAGAAAGAGGAGCUAAUCAGGUGUCUGAACUUCCUCAGCAGCAGCAGCAUCACACACCUGGGCCUCUCAAAGUCAACCAUUCAACUCCUGGCAGAAGAUUUCUCUUAGAAAACCUCAUAUAGUACCUCACCUUACUCCAGUCAUUAUUUAUUUUACUGUGUAUUUAUUUUACCUCUAUACGAUCUCCAUCCACAUACUAAUUUAAUGCAGUUGAGAUGAGAAAUCGUGUUUUAUCUACAUGUAAGUGUAAGUUUGAAAUGUAAAUAAA